UCAUAAAAACAAUGAAGCUAACCGGAGAACGAAGAUACGCUCUUCGGCUGGCCGCCAGGGACUCAGAGUACGUGAAGAAGAUGUACGGAUGCUAUUUCAACGUAUUCGUCGCUGCUUUCGGAGAAGAAGGAGAGAGAUGGGACUUAUUCAGGGUCGUCGACGGAGAGUUCCCGGACAUGACCGCGCUCUACAAAUACGACGGAUUCGUCAUCAGUGGCAGUUCCCACGAUGCUUACGGAAACGACCAGUGGAUUCUCAAGCUUUGCUUCCUGUUGCAGACGCUUGAUGCCAUGGAGAAGAAAGUUCUCGGCAUCUGCUUCGGCCACCAGGUUCUGUGCAGAUCGUUGGGGGGGGGGGGGAAAGUCGGGAAGGCGUGCAGUGGAUGGGAUAUAGGGCUGAGGAAAGUGAAGAUUGUGAAAGAUUUGUUGUCGGUCCCAAGCUUCAUGGAAGAGUUGGAGGAAAUACCAUCUUCAUUGUCGAUCAUAGAAUGCCACCAAGAUGAAGUGUACGAGGUUCCGAUGAGAGCUGAUGUGAUCGCAUUCUCGGACAAGACGGGGGUGGAGAUGUUCGGAAUUGGGCAACAUAUUCUUGGCAUUCAAGGCCACCCCGAGUACACCAAGGACAUCUUGUUCAACCUCAUCGAUCGCCUUCUCAAUAACAACUCCAUCCAGAGAGGGUUUGCUGAGAAAGCCAAAAUCGGAUUGGAGAUAGGUGAACCUGACAGGAAGAGCUGGGGGAAAAUAUGCAGAAAUUUUCUUAAGACAACACCUCGUUUCAGCUUUUCUUGAUAAUGGGUUUCAU